AUGGAGAAAAAAUACACCGGGCACGACGAGGCACAUGAAAGUCCACGCCACGAUUCUGCCACAUCGGCAGCACACUCGGAUAAUCCAAUACCCUCCGUAGACGGGUUGACGGGGGAUGCCUUGGUAGUAGACGUUUCCGGGAUCGAUGGCUCUGCCUCGAAUUCGACCGAAGACAAGCCCCUGUCGUCCUCGAUAGUAAGAGAAAUCUCGACCAUGGAUCUCCUUAGCGACUCGGCUCCGCUUGGAAGGACGGCUUCGAUAACCUCAGCGUCGUCGGCAGCCUCGUUGGCGGAAGCCGGCGGUCCUCCACAACCUAGUACCGCUAAUACCCACCGCCGCACAAUAUCCGUGCGGCCAUCCCUACUAUCGCUCCCCGAACCUCAACAAGAAGUGCGGGGAGCGACGCCAGGCGGAGCUCUAUCUCCAGUGCCGUCUGCAUCGCCAGGGAACAGCAUCGCGCCCGAUUCUGCCUCCCCCCAAGCCCCGAUACCAGCUCUGCCUAAACCCCCUAAUGCGAAACCUCCCCAGGCGCCGGGAGACUCUAAAAAUGCGCAAAUCAAAAAGACCACCUCGAACUUCGCCAGGAUAUUCGGCUACACAACCUGGCACGACAGAUUGUUUCUGUUCGCGUCUGUCGUGGCUGCGAUAGGGGCUGGGGUCGCAUUCCCGAUUAUGACGAUCCUUUUCGGUCAACUGGUGGGGAGCAUCGCGAACGCCAAAGCCAACUGGAGCGACGAGGAGAGCAGGGUGUAUUACUCGGAAACCAUCAAUCAUUAUGUUCUCUACAUGGUGUAUCUCUUCAUUGGUAGAUUUGUGCUCGGAUACACAGCCACUCUGGGAUUUCGUAUGAUGAGCCUGCGCAUCUCGUCGGCAAUGCGCCUAGCCUACUUUAAGGCCCUCCUGGGCCUGCCCGUGUCGUUGUUGGACACUCAACCGCCCGGUCAGAUAGCGGCCAUCAUAACCGGCACGGCCAACACCCUGCAAGCCGGUAUCUCGGAAAGGCUGGCUGCGGUUAUUCAGAACCUGUCCAUGUUUGUCUCUUCCAUAAUCAUUGCGUACACCCACAGCUGGAAGUUGAGCCUGGUCACCAGCAGCGGGUUGCUGCUCAUCACGAUAUGCUACUGCGCUACCAUCCCCUUUGUCGUGAAGAAUAUGAAGCAGGUCGAGGAUGCAAAUAUCAACGGAUCUGCGGUUGCGAGCGAGUCCUUCAGCUCGAUUCGGAUGGUCGCCGCCUACGGAGCCGAGUUGAGGAUGGUGGAGAAGUACAAGGUAUGGAUCGAUGAGGCGCAACGGAGAGGCCUUCGGCUAUCGAAGAUAGUUGCGAUUCAACAGGGAACCGUUCACUUCAGUGUCUUCGCGACAUUUGCUCUGACCUUCUGGUACGCCGUCAGGAUGCUGACGAAUUUCGAGAUCGAAAAUGUCGGGACGCUGAUCACUGUUUUGAUGUGCAUAAUGAUGAUCGUCAUGGGUGUUGGUAACGUGGCGGCACCAAUUUCUGCGGCCGCCCGCGCGGCCGGCGCAGCCAGCAUCCUAUUCAAUGGUAUCGACGCUCCGAGGCCUGUCGUGACCGGGCUCAAGCAUCCAGACGUUUCGGCCACGGGAGAUAUCGUUCUGUGGGGCAUCAACUUCACGUACCCAACCAGGCCACAGCUCAAGGUGCUCGACGGCUUGAACUUGAUAUUACCUGCAGGUAAAAUUACGGCUAUCGUGGGGCCAUCGGGAUCUGGGAAGAGCACUAUCGUGGCGCUGAUAGAGCGUUGGUAUGAGCUGGAUGGGGAUAUGGGGGAGAAGAAGUUGAUUACCUUUUUCCGCAACGGCUCACUCACUAUCGGCGGCUGCAAGCUGACGGAUAUAGACCUCAAGUGGUGGAGGUCCCAGAUCGGUCUCGUGCAGCAGGAACCAUUUCUCUUCAACACGACGAUCUUCCAGAAUGUAGCAAAUGGUCUGGUCGGCACGGAAUGGGAGAAUGCUGACAUGAGUAAGAAGAGGGAGCUAGUAGAGCAGGCCUGUAAGGAGGCCUUCGCCGACGAGUUCAUCUCUAGACUUCCAAGUGGGUAUGAUACGGAGGUGGGAGACGCAGGUAUCAAGCUCAGCGGCGGCCAACGGCAGCGGCUAGCCAUCGCCCGAGCCAUAGUCAAACAGCCUAAGAUCUUGAUACUGGACGAGGCGACAAGCUCGAUCGAUGUCCGCGGCGAGAAGGUGGUGCAGGCUGCCUUGGAUAAGGUCUCCAAGAACCGGACGACCAUCAUGAUAGCCCACCGGCUAUCCACGGUCAAGAAGGCAGACAACAUCGUGGUGCUCGCCAAGGGCAAGGUUGUCCAAUGGGGGAACCACGAGAGCCUGAUGGCGCAGGUGGGCGGGCCGUACUGGCUCCUCACCAACGCGCAGCAGCUGUCUAUGGGGGACAGCGCCAGUCCCGCCAGCCCCGACGCGUCAUCCGAGGUCACCGAAGUAGAGACCAGAACCAUGGAUAUCAUGACGGUAGACGACACGAAGGCCGUGGAAGGCGACGGCGGGGCCCCCGCAGCCGCUGAGCCGACGCACACCCCCAGGGGCGUGCUGAGAAGCUUUGGCGCGCUGUUGCUAGAGCAGAAGCCGUUCUGGCCCUGGUACACGGUCAUGCUGUUUGGAGCUCUCGUUGCUGGUGGGGGCCCGCCGGUGCAAGCGUACAUAUUCGCUGCACUCAUCUCGUCGUUCGCCCUAUGGGGCGACGUGCUAAUUUCCGUGACCAACUUCUGGUGUCUCAUGUUCGUCGCCCUGGCGGGCGCUUCGGGCGUGGGCUACUUUUGUCUCGGAUGGGCCUCGACCGUCGUCUCAUUCUACAUCACCUCGGCUUAUCGCCGCGAGUACUUUCAGAACAUCAUCUCGAAGAGGGUGUCGUGGUUCGAUGGGGAAGGUCGCUCGAUUGGGGCGCUGACAGGGAUCGUGGCUAGCGACCCGACCCAGCUGCAGCAGCUGCUCGGUACGAACAUGUCAUUCGCGGCAAUAUCCAUCUUCAGCGUUAUCGGCUGUCUGGUGGUAUCCUUCUACUUUGGGUGGAAGCUCACCAUCGUCGCGCUCUCGUCCGCCAUGCCAUUGGCCCUGGCCGCCGGCUUCUUCCGCGUCCGCGUCGAGAAGAAGUUCGAGGCCAUGAACCUGAAGAUUUUUGCUGAGAGCGCCAAGUUCGCUACCGAGUCCGUCGGUGCUAUCCGCACCGUCACCGCGCUGACCCUGGAGGAUGGCAUCUGCCGCAGAUACGAAGACCUGCUGGAGGCGCACGUGAAGAACUCCUUCCAGCGAGCUCGAAUCGCCACACUCGUCUUUGCCGCGAGCGACAGCCUGCCAUUAUUGUGCAUGGCCUUCGUCCUAUGGUACGGCGGAAGCUUGCUGGUGUCAGGGGAAUACUGGACAUUCCAAUACUUGGUUGUCUAUAUUGCUGUGGUGCAGGGUGCCAUGGGAGCAGGCCAAUGGCUGAGCUUUGGACCUAACAUUGCAGAAGCAACUGCGGCUGCGAACCGGAUCCAGGCUAUGAGAAGCCGAGCUGAAAGCGAAGAGCAAGGAAUCACCCCGACAGGCGGCAUCACCGACGAGGACAAGAGAGCCGGUGUCAAGAUCGAGCUGCAGGAUGUUUGGUUCAGAUACCCGACCCGAGACGUCCCUAUCUUGAAUGGGCUGAACAUGACAAUCGAGAAGGGCCAGUUUGCUGCCAUCGUGGGGCCUUCUGGUUGUGGAAAAACCAGCAUCAUCUCUCUAUUGGAAAGGUUCUACCAGGUCAAGUCUGGAUGCAUAACCUACGACGACACCGAUAUUGAGAAGAUUGAUCUCGCCGACUAUCGGAAGACGAUUUCGCUCGUAGCUCAGGAGCCGUCCCUGUUCGAUGGCACCAUCCGCGAGAACAUCCUCCUUGGGGUGGAUCCUGGCUCGGUUACCGACGAGGAAUUGGAGCAGGUAUGUCGUGACGCCGAAAUCCACGACUACAUCACUUCUCUCCCGGAAGGUUACAGCACGAAGGUGGGCAUCAAAGGAAUCCUGCUGUCCGGUGGGCAAAAGCAGCGCAUAUCCAUCGCGAGGGCCCUUGUUAGGAACCCCCGUCUCCUGCUGCUAGAUGAGGCCACGUCCAACCUCGACUCGGCCACGGAGAAGCUGGUGCAGGCCGUGUUCGAAAAGACGAAGAAGAGCAGGACCAUGAUCGUGGUCGCCCACCGGCUGGCCACCAUCCAAAAUGCCGACGUUAUCUUCGUCCUGGGGGACGGGCAGGUUCUAGAAUCCGGCACGCACAGCGCGCUCCUCCACAAGAAGGGCGUCUAUCACAGCAUGUGUCAAGCACAGGCGUUGGAUCGAUAGAUAACAUGCGGUGGGCGGCCGGGCCUACGCGGGUAUUGGUAAUGUCGCAGUCAGGACGGAAAUAGAUGCCGACAACCACCGUAGACGGAGCAGAGUGUAGAUUGAGACGACGAGGUUCGCGAGGUACAUAGACAGAAGCGAGAGAGAACAAUUACUGAGCAGAAAAUUACGAGUCCCUGCAUGUGCAAUUCCCUCUUCCGGAGACGAAGUCUCGCCGUCGUCAAUAUUAAAAACACCCUAUGAUGCAACCUACCCAGGAGAUAAAGUGUUGCAACCCAAAAACGCAGUUCGGUGCAGAGUGGUAAUCACCACUCUACUACCUGUCUAUAUGCCUACCUGUCUAUUGACCAGGGGUGGUAACGUGUUCGGCAGUGAAGAGCCAAUUGGCCUCCUCACGAC